AAAAAAAAAGGAAUCUAUUUGAGGCCUGCAAAGUUACCCGCAACAAAUAAAGUAACAGAACCCAGGUCCGGGUUUGGUAAGCCGGACGCUCUGCUCUAUCUUCCCUAUACCCUAUUCGCGCUCUCUAUCAUCCUCUACUCCGUAGCGAGUAUUCAACGCUCUGUCUUAACGUCUACCCGUAGCAAACAUAGCCGAAGCAAAGUUUGGUUGCCUUGAGUGGAUUAAAUCAUCUCAAAUCAAGAUGUAAUCAUGAGCUUGGUGAUGAUGUUCAGGCCAGUGACGGACCACAAUGAGAUUGCAUGCCACUUCGUUGAAUGCAUCUAUGUUUUCAACAACACUAGAUUACGGCUAGAGGGACAGGGUGGUGUCCCUGCUCCAGCCCAUAUGCUGAAUUCAUCAGUUAGCAGCAUCCCUUCAAAGGGAUAUCAAGGUGCCCGACCAAAUCAGUUUUCUGGACAAUACAACAUUGAUGGUCUCAAGGGCAUUGAUCAAAUGGUCAUAGACUAUUUGCAGCAACCUUCAUGCUUGUAAUCUCUAUCAUACCUAAGAGAAAUGUUGUUAUAAAGACAAAUUGCAUCAAAUAAAUGGAAUGCUGUGAAGAAAAAUUAUUGUUCUAGGGAGUCUACAGAUGCUUAAAGUGAGACUGAGUAUGGAAAGUCGAAAAGAAAAACUGUUAAGGCUUUGGAGCAAUACGAGUAAACGACACAAAUGUAUAAAACUAUCACGAACAAGCUUGGCAUAGCCUAAUUCCCUGAGCAAAGUGAUAUUUUUAGUAGUUAGUUCAUAUUUUGUUUUCUUAUGGACAUGUUAGUUCUUUUAUAGUUUAUUAGCAGGUUUUAAAUGUACAUAUCAUUGGUAGAUUGAAUGGAAAUACUAUACAUGAAUGUAUUUAAUAGUUUUUCUUUUUUCAUGGACAAGCCAUACUGAUAUAUGUAUACGGUGUGUGAUGGAUGUAUUUUAUUUGAAAUAAUUAAUUGAAUUAUUUUUUUAGUUUUUACUA